AUGGAAGAAUCAAAUAAGCAGAAUAAUUCUUCAUCACCACCAAAAAAAGAUUGUUUAUUUUGGAGUAAAAUUAUUGCAACACAAUAUCUUAUUCGACAUCCAUUUUGGAAAAGUUUUUCUUUACCUAUUAUUAUCGGACAAAUAUCAGCAGCAAAUUCACAAGUCGAUUAUACUGGAUCAAAUUAUGUUACCAUUGUAUAUAUUCUUAUCAUAUUUCAUUUUCUAAGUGGUAUCGUUGUUAGCGAUCGAAAAUUUCGUCAUGCAUUAGGAUUUAUACCUCAUAUUAUUGCACUUGGUUGUACAUCAUAUUUAUUGUAUACAAAUAUCCUUCAAGAAUUAACUCCUUGGCUAAAAAUUCGUAUUAUUAUACAUUCACUUGGUACAAUGUCAGCAUUUUGUUUUAUUGCGAGUUUACAUACAUUAAGCAUUCCAUUUCGAACUAUUUUACGUCGUUUAUCAACUUAUUUAAAUGUUUUUUAUUUCAUUCUCAAUGCUUAUGUACUUUGGUGGUCAAAUGAUGAAACAAAAUUAUUUAAUAAUUUCAUUUGGACAUUCUUUAUACGAAUACAUGCUAUUAUUUUUUUUCUUGUCUCAGGUGGCUUUUGUUUAGAUAUAUUUAUCAUUCCAUCAUGUCAAUUUGCACUUUAUUUAAUCUGUAUAAAUAUCUUAUUAGAUUCGUGUAUACUUUAUAAUGUUGUACAAUCAAGUGUAAAUUUUUGGUUAUUAAUUGAUUAUAUAGUUGAUGAUAUUGGUAUACUUUGUGGACAUUUUUAUUUAUAUCAAUUUAAUUUACAUCAAAAGAUUAAAUUGAAAAAAAAAAGACUAAAAUUAGAAUGA